AUGAUCCAAACCGUUUCCGACGAAUCGCCAUCGAAAACCCCUGGUGUCAGCUUUGACCUAGGCCAGGAGGAGGCAGCAGCAGCUCUCGAAGACUUUGACACGCAAAGCCAUGCAAGUUCCCGUGACCCCGGUAGCACACAAACAGUCGACCCCGCGGUAGGCGCGGACAACGGCACGCUAGACCAACGAGACGACUCCGGCAACGGCCCGUCCAAUUUUGAACAUCUAAACGAAGACGGUAAACCGGCUUGGAGCGAAAUGAAGACUAAGGCUGGGAAGGAGCGGAAGCGCCUGCCACUGGCAUGCAUCGCAUGCCGUCGCAAGAAAAUCCGCUGCUCGGGCGAGAAGCCCGCCUGCAAACAUUGCACACGCUCAAGGAUUCCGUGCGUGUAUAAAGUUACUACACGGAAGGCGGCGCCGCGCACGGAUUAUAUGGCUAUGUUGGACAAGCGACUGAAGAGGAUGGAAGAUCGCGUAAUCAAGACAAUACCUAAGGAGGAGACGAGGGAUAUGCUCUCGAUUGGAAGAUCGGUUGUCAAGCCUUCCGCCUCGGUUCAGCCGUCAAAAGCACAAAAGAAACGAAGCGCCGAGGAGGCGUUUGCGGCGGAAAUGGAUGAAUGGACUAGUGGGACCGGCCGCCCACCACACGAGACGUUCCCAAUGAAUCGCGAAAUAAAAUCCACCGAUGGGACUGGGCUUCUGACCGAAGGGGCCGAGUUUUUGCCCUCAUUGGAGAUUCAGGAGCAUCUUGCAGAGAUCUUCUUUGAUUGUGUCUAUGGGCAGUCAUAUCUCCUAUUACACAAACCCAGCUUUAUGCGACGGCUUAAAGCCGGCACAACUCCCCCUGUCCUGAUUCUUGCUGUCUGUGCCGUAUCUGCGCGGUUCUCUACACACCCUCUGCUGAAUUUGGAUCCGCCAUUUUUACGUGGAGAAAACUGGGCUAAUCCCGCUGCGGCCAUCGCUCUGAGUCGGCAUGAUGAGCCGAACAUUACCAUUCUUACUGUCUUCUUGCUUCUUGGCCUUCAUGAAUUUGGAACCUGUCAUGGUGGGCGAAGUUGGUCUUUUGGAGGUCAAGCAUUACGGAUGGCAUACGCGUUACAGCUCCACCAGGAGCUUGAUCAGGAUCCAUUACUCAGUCAGACGAAUGGCGCCGGUUCACAGUUGAGCUUCACUGAUCAAGAAAUCCGGCGCCGGACUAUGUGGGCAUGUUACUUGAUGGAUCGGUAUAACUCUUCCGGAAGUCAACGGCCACCUAUUGGGAAUGAAAAGUUCCUACAAAUACAGCUUCCUAUCAAGGAACCUCAUUUCCAGAUGGAGAUACCUGGUCCAACGGAAGAUCUUGACGGCGAUAUCAUUAAUCCUGUUCCUGAGGAUGCAGGCCAAUUAUCUAAUGCUAAAGAAAAUAUGGGUGUUUCCGCGUACAUUAUUCGCGCUAUCGUCAUCUGGGGGCGCAUUGUCGACUACCUGAAUUUGGGUGGGAAAAGAAAGGACGCACAUCCACUUUGGCAUCCAGAAUCAGGGUACACCCAGCUUAAGCGGCAAAUUGAGGAGUUUUCUGCGUCUCUUCCGGCAUUUCUUACCUUCACCUACGAAAAUCUUCAAAUCCACGCAGCGGAGAAGAUUGCAAAUCAGUUCAUUUUCCUCCACAUCAUCACACAUCAAAACAUGCUGUUUCUCAACCAGUUCGCCAUUCCCUUGUCCCCGGGAGGGCGUCCGCCGAGAGAUAUGCCCAAGUCCUUCCUCAGUAAUGCAGGUCGGGCUGCGGUGGAAGCAGCGCAUCACAUUUCAGUACUUUUUGAUCGGGCUUCAGCCUAUCCCCUCACUGUUCCUUUUGCUGGGUACUGCGCUUACUCGGCAAGUACAGUCCACAUCUGGGGAAUCUUCUCGAAGAACGUCCAGCUGGAGGCACGGUCGAAAGAAAACCUCCGGCAUACGUACCGCUAUCUCAAUAAAAUGAAAAAGUACUGGGGCAUGUUCCACUAUAUGGUUGAAAGUGCCAAGGAUCGGUAUCGGCAGUUCGCUGAUGCGGCUAUCAAGGGCUCUGUGGCAAUUCAGAAUGGCGCAUCGCUAACACCCAUGUUCCAAUAUGGUGACUGGUUCGACAAGUAUCCGCAUGGAGUGUCAAGGGUGCAUUGGGAGGACCCCGAUACUCGAGGCAAAGAAACGGGCGAAGACGCAGUCAUGGGCCAAAAACCCGACCUCCAGAGCGUAGAAGAUUUCUUUGCCGGCCUUUCCCCUACUCCACAGCCAAGUCAACCCCGCAAAUCACGAUCUCGCAAGAACAGCAAACUAUCAGAUGGAGCUCCAGGCAUGGACCAGACUUCACCGCAGUCAAUGAUGGAAGUGGCCAUGGGAAACGCCCCGGGUGUUCCAGGCAGUGCAUUCCCACAGCCAUCCAUGCUCCAACAAUCCCGGCCAAUGUCCUUCGGCCAACCACCAUUCGACUUCAGCAUCCCACCAGACCAAUUACCUCAACUAGACCGGCAAUUCGUCUACGGUUCAUUUUCCGACUUUGACCCUACCUCAUUCGUCCCAAACAAUCCUCCAAUCCCACCGCUCAAUGGCGUUGAAACACAAAGUCCAGAUCAAGCACUGUUCACGGGCCAUCUGGACCCAAGUGCCCCUGCUGGGAUGGGCGAGUUCUACCAGCCCAGCGCGUGGUUCCUCCCCUUCAAUCUUGACCCUGUUGGCGGUGGAAACCCACCACCACACGCUCCGCCCCCAGUUCCCAUGUCUGGGGGGAGCAAUCGUGGUGGCACGCCAUCCGGGAUGCCUUCUGUAGAUAUGUCUGGCUUUGGUGGCGCUGGGGGGCAUGCCUUUCGGCCCAUAUGA